UCAAACCGGGAUUAUGAAGCCGGUUUGGUGAAUUUGAUGAAAGAACGAUAUGAGGCCGAACUGAGAAGCAAAGAUGCCCAAAACUCUGACUUGCAAGAAAAUGUGAAGUCUCAACAAGCCGAAGCUGCAAAAGAGAAAGAGGAGCUGACGCAGGCCCUGGACGGAAUGGAAAAAUUUAAAGAAUCUUUCAACCAAGAUCUUGCUGAAUGGGAAACCGAAAAAGUCGGUUUGACCAAAAGAGCUAUAGAUGCCGAGGAAGCCCUGAAACUGGUGGUUGAAGAACUAGCCGGUUUGAAGCGCCAAAUCAACGCUAUGACCUCUGCUAUCUUUGGAAUUCGGAUCACUCAUCUUGGUGCAGAUAUGCGGAUGAAGCUCAAAGCGGCAUAUACAUUGGUUGAGCAGCUAUACUCUGGAUCUUAGCGAGCCAUUAGUACAUCGGCUUAUAACAAUCCGGCGCCAACGUUGAUUAAGGAGACCCUUGAGAAGCUGGGCAUGUUACCGGCACGUAUUUUCGAGUUGAAAAGAGCCGCUGCGAGAGCAGGAGCAUUAACCGCCCUUAUUCGAGCCAAGGCCUGGAUUCCAAACCUUGAAGCGAAGGAUAUCAUUAAAGGAUAUCCAGGCAUUAAAG